GUUGUUUUUAUUUAAAAUGUUACUUUUACACUUUGUAUGAAACGUGUGAGCGUUUACAGACGUGUCGACUGACAAUACGUCACAUUUUAAGCUAAAAAAACCCCACAACUGUCGUUAAUUAAACCGUUUGACCGUUGAGUGAUGGCGGUUGCUCGUCUGCUGCUCACACCGGCUCGGUUACGGAUAACACGGCUCGUCCAGCGCCGUUGCUUGUCGGACUCAUCAGUUGAUCAUCUCAGCUCUGGACUUGAGAGAUACAAGGACUUACAGAUGUAUUUCAAAAAGAGACUGAAGGCAACAUACCGCAGAUUCUCCGACAUAUCCGAUUACUCGGUGGUCAGUGGACAUCACCAUGUGUAUUUCAUUGAAGCUGAUGGCGUCUACAGAAUGGACAAGAGACAGAGUGAACUGGAGCCAGAGCAGGUGCUAAAUCUAGGACACAUCUCCCGACGGGAGGAGAACACGGGACUUGAUAAUGAGGAGAGGAAACAGACGUCUCAGUGGACUGUGCAGAGAAUACGGCUGUCCCCGCAGGAAAAACAUCUCGCUGCCACACUAAAAAUGGAUCACAGGGAAGAGCCAAGGUGUGUGGUUGUGAGGCUCCCUCCUCAGGAUCCUCCAAACAUUGUACUCACUCUGGACAAAGUCUUCAGUUUUGAGUGGGCCACAGAUGAGGUCCUGGUUUACACCAUUCUGGAGGGUCUGCGCUGCAGCAGAGUGUUUCGUCUGGACCUGAACUCCAGUGGAAGCAGGAUAACCUCCGUGUAUGAAGAAACACACCCUGAUGUGUUUGUGGAGGUCACCCUUUCCAGAAACCGACAGAUACUGAGCAUCAACUGCAACAGCAGGACCGCUUCAGAGGUGCUGCUAAUCGAUACAACAACAUCCCAUUUGGAGCCUUUCCCGGUUCAGCCACGCCAGAUGGACCUCCUGUACCACGUGGAGCACUGGAGAAGGUGGCUGAUUAUACUGGCUAAUACAGGGCCUGGACAGGAAUACCAGGUGGUGCAGGCCCCUCUCUCAGAGCCGUCCAUGGUUUCCUGGGCGCCCUUGUUUACCCCUAACCCUGGCACUGUAGUUAAAGACAUGGAUGUGGUUGGAGACCACUGUGUGUUGGUUGCAAGAGCACCAGCCGGUGAACUCGUCUUAAUCGUGGUCCCACUGACCCAUCCCAAGGAAGCGUACACUGUACAGCUCCCCUCCUGGGCCUGUGCCAUCGAAAUCAAGAAAGCAGGCAUGGCUGAACAAGACAGUAUGUUAGAGUUCUUGAUUUCAUCUCCAGUCCGCCCCCCAGUGCCCUACCGUCUGUACCCCGAGGAUGGGCGACUUAUAUCAGGCACCAAAGAUGGGUCAUCCCCUGGGAACCGCAGCAAUUAUACCACAACACGUUUAGAGGCCUGCAGUCAAGAUGGUACCUUGGUGCCAGUAACACUGUUUCAUACACUACCUGUGGAGGGUUUGAGUCAGGCGCCACUAAUGGUCCAUGUCUACGGAGCUUACGGCAGAGAUCUCAACAUGGAGUUCUGCCCAGAGAAAAGGCUGCUCCUGGAGCAGGGCUGGGCUCUGGCCUACUGCCACAUCAGAGGUGGAGGAGAGCGGGGUCUGUCCUGGCAAAGACAAGCUCGAGUGGAGGGAAAGCACAGAGGAGUGGAGGACCUCCAAGCCUGUCUCCGUCAUAUUUUCUCCUCAGGAGUCUCCUCUCCUUCACUCACUGCCCUUGCAGCCUGCAGUGCUGGGGCUGUGCCAGUGGGAGCGCUGUGCAACAGGCACCCACACAUGAUGCGGGCUGUCACACUGCAGGCUCCUUUCCUGGAUGUGUUGGGAUCUAUGGAGGAUCCCAGUCUGCCUCUAACUUUGGAGGAUAGAGAAGAAUGGGGGGACCCAGUAGGAAACCCAAAACACAGACUCAGCAUCUCCUCCUACUGUCCCCUUCACAACAUUACUCCUCAGUGCUACCCAUCAAUCCUGCUGACGGCCUACAGCGGUGACGCCAGGGUUCCUCUGACAGGUGUCCUCAAAUACACCGAGCAGUUAAAGAACGCCAUUCAUACACACUCUGCCAUGAAGCCAAAAUCAGAAAGUGAACCAGCACCAAACAUAGUUCUGAACAUCCAACCUGGAGCAAAUCACCUCGGACCAGAGGACUUUGAGCUGAUGCUGGAGGAGGAAGCCCUCAAGCUAGCAUUCCUAUACGCAGAGCUGAGCCUGGACAUUCCUCGACCUCCACGCAAGAGGAGGAGAUAGUUAAGCUGUCAGGAAUGAUAUGACAACGGCCCAAAGAUGUGUAUGAUCACAGACGCAACAAUUACAAUGACACAAUGAUGCCCAAACCAGUGGAAGAGAAGACAACAUCAACAGUGGAUAUAUCUGCAAUGGUCCUUUUUAUUAUUUGAUAUAAAUGCCAUACAGAGAAGACAACAAAGAACAACCUUUAUGAUUUGGUUGUUACUGCGUGGAAUGCAAAGAAUGCCACUGUCCAU